AUGCCGUUUUGCAUGCCUAUUGGAUGUGUUAAGAAGAUUGAUCACCUCGAUCGCCGACGACAAAACAUAACUGCGGUACCUCCCAACAUUCAUAAGUAUAAACACUUAGAGGAACUCCUGUUGUCUACAAAUCAAAUCGAAGAGAUCCCGAAGAAUUUAUUUCGUUUAACGAAACUUCGAUAUCUCGAUUUGAGCGACAAUGACAUCAAAGCCAUCCCCUCAGAUAUCUCCCAUUUGCAAAAUUUAUUGGAACUUCGUCUCCGCAAUAACGCUAUCUCUGUUAUUCCCGAUGAAUUGGAACAAUGCAGAUCUUUGAUGGUUCUUGAUUUGAGUUUCAAUAUCAUUGCACGACUACCAGAGGCAAUUUGUCAGUGCACUUCUCUAACUUAUCUUGGUCUGAAUGAUAUAACUCUCACUCAGCUACCUGCCACAAUUGGCAAUCUUGCAAACCUUCGAUCUCUUGAGGUCCGAGAAAACCAGAUAAAAGCAAUCACUCCUUCUAUAACACACCUCUCAAAAUUACAAGUCUUAGACUUGGGUGACAAUGAGUUUGAGAAGAUGCCCGCUGAUAUUGGUUGUAUGGAGUCUCUGAGAGAACUGUACAUUGAUAAAAAUUCAGUAAAAGUAUUUCCUGAUCAAAUAACCAGCUGUAAGAGUUUGGAAGAACUAGAUGCUAGUGAUAACAGGAUAGGAUCCUUACCAGACGAUUUUGGUGACUUGAAUAAGCUCACUGAUCUUAACUUGUCCAAGAACAUCAUCGAUUCACUACCAGACUCUAUUGGCCAGUUAAAAAAUCUAACAUUUUUGAAGUUAGAAAAAAAUGCUAUAACAUCUUUAUGUGACUCCAUCGGAGAUUGUGUCAACUUGAAAGAGCUCUAUUUAUCCGAUAAUUUAUUGACUGAGUUGCCAAGCACGAUCGGACAAUUGCAACAUCUUAGCUUGCUCAGCAUUGAUAAAAAUGAAAUCACUCAUCUCCCCGCAGAGAUAGGAAACUGUAGUUCAUUAACUAUAUUUUCCAUGCGUGAAAACAAGUUGAGUGAAAUCCCUAUCGAGAUUGGUAAAUGCUCUGAACUUGUUGUUAUGGAUCUAAAAGCUCUCUGGAUAUCAGAAGUACAGACGCAGGGAAAAGUAAAGAUGCAAGUUACUAGACAUCCAGUUGAUGGAAGUAAAGUUCUCACAUGUUACUUGUUACCUCAGCAAGGUGUGCACAUAGAAGAAACCAACUCCACUACCGAAGACGAUAUAUCUGCUGUUGCUCCUAGAGUUCGGUUCCCUGAUCAAGAUACAACUAUUGAUGAGGACAAGUUGCCUAUUGGAAACUUCACCAGACAUGAUACUCCCAAACCAAAGUCACAGAGGGACAGACUCAAAAACAGUCUUGCAAAUCAGCCACAACCACAACAAGUUGCCGUGGAAGUUUUGAACAAAACAGAAGAUGUAACACUAGUCGAGUCCAACAGCAGAAGUGAGGAGAUUCCCAGAGAAGAAAUCCCUGAAGCUGUUGUGGAAAAAGUAGUUGGGAACGUUGAAGACGUAGAAAGUUCACCAUCAGAAUCAGUAAGAAUCGACUUGAAGAACACAGAUAACUUGUCCAUUGCAGGAACUAACUUCAGUGGAAACGGAGAAAGAAAAGGAACAAUACAUAGAUAUAUCUAUGGUAUCUGA